AUGCAACCAUGGAACACUGCUCUUGAAGAGCUCAACCGUCUCAAAGAGAUUAUUGACUCAAAGAGUUGUGCAUCGCCUUUAAACCAGUUGCAGAACAGGAUUUGGUUGAUGCAUCGGGGUAUCUACAUCUUUUUCAACCAUGGUAAUGGAAAGCCACAGAUCAUUGAUCUCUUUAACCAAGACAAUUUGCAGUCUCAGAACCGGACCUGUCAACUGGGAGAUGCGCGUCACGUGGAAGAUGAAGAGGAGAAUGAGAUAGAGCAGCUACAUAAGAAGAGAUGUAUUGAAGAAAAGCCUCAGGAGAUAGUCAUAGAUGCAGUGUUCGACAAGGAUGAAAAUGCAGCUCUCGACGGUGGUGAUUCAGAUAGUGAUGGAUAUCUGUCUGAGGACUCUGACUUUACAACUGCAGUUGCAAAUGGUACAGGAGGUAGUGGCUAUACUCUCUAUGUUGUUUGGCUUCAUGGGAUUUCAUUCAAAUUCUUCCUUUACGGUUUGACUCAAACGAUAUAUUUGCAGGUAAAAUCAGUGGUAAUGAGAUGUCUAAUCAGAGCAAGGAAGUUAAAUCAGAGGAGGAAGCUUGCUAAAUUGAAUGAAAAGGUGGUAAAUGAAGCUAAAUCAGAUGUAUUGAAGCGUAAAGUACUAUCAGGAUCUGCUUUAAGCUCGCUCUGUGGCCUAGUUGAUGAAGAACAGUCUGUUCAAGCACUACUCAGUUUGUUGAAUUGGUAUCGAGCUGCAUGUCAUUAUGGGCACCAACCAUCAGGAGUUCCUAACCCUGAUAACAAUGACGUAGAAGACAGUGAGACAUUUGCCAAGGUGGUGGUUUUUGUGCUCCAAAAAGCUGAUCACACUUUCAGGAAUAUUCUGGGAAUAUCAGAGUCCAUUAACAAGGAGAAGGUUUUGAAGUUGAAGAACAACGCAAAAUGGGAUAGUGUAAAACCGCUGGUCAAAUCUUUCUUGAGAAGUACCAUUCAUCUUGUCAAGCAGGCUGCAGAUUUGGAGAUAGUCGUCUUUGCGCUUACCCAACUUAGAGUUUCUGUAGUAUUUCUUGCCGCAUUUCCAGAUUUGCUGAUAAAAUUGAUCAAGGUACCUAAAUGCCAUUCAAACUGGUACUCCACACUUGCUGCGUUACUUGGCAACUGCGUUCCUUGUCAGCAAAAGGAGAAGGCCUCAAUUGAAAGAAUUAAGGUCAUUAAACAGGAACACUACUCCUACAAAGAUCCUAUUUGUCGAGUUCCUGGCAUGUGUGAAGAGGUCAUUGUGAAUGAUCCAUUCCUUGGAAACCGAGUUGAGGAUGGAAACUUUUCAGCUGUACCACUGAGAGAUGAGUUUCUUGAAAAUGCCGGCCUAUUCAUCUUCGAAAGCCAUUGUAGAAUUCAUCAGAGAAUUGACAUGGGACUAAAAGAAACUGUGUUUCCUGCCGGGGUUUUUGCUUUGGACAGUGCUGCCAUGUUGUGUACGUGGUGCUCUCUGGAUGAAACCCACCUCCAAAUAAAUCGAAACCAUCUGCUAGUCCUUCAUACUGAUGAAAGAAACUUGAAGCGUUGGAGUAAGGUUUGUACUUUUCAGAGGCGACCAUAG